GCUGCUGCACGAAUGCGCGUAGUGUACGUACAGACCUAACACCCGCCUCGCUCAACACCAAAGAGACUAUAUACGUUCUAUUGUCUCCUUGCUCAACACUUAGCCCGCACCAAGGAGUCUAGACCUUGGCCCGCACACACCCGCAGAGGAAACUUUAGCCAGCCUGACAUGUCUUAACCAUUUGGAGUGUUCUACUAAUCUUCCAUCACUUUCCAUCUGUUCUCUCAAUACAAUUGAAUUGGAAUUCCAAGAUCUUAAGGUGAUUUUGGUAAGACUCGCCACCCCUUGCCUUGCCCUGUGACUCAACACCCUCUGCCUUGUGCUGCUCCUCUGUGCUGAUGUGCUGACUCAUCACACCUUGUCUGGUGCUGCUACUGUGUUUUGGGACCCUGCCCCUGCCUGGUGGUGCUGCUGCUGCUUCCUACUUGCUGCAGUGUAUCAAGGCGCUGACAAUACACCCUGCCUGGUGCUGCCGGUAGUGAAGCUGUGCAGUGAGGUUUUGACGGACACACAGGAGUGCAACAGAACGGCUUGGAUAAGCCAUGGUCACUUUGCACAGUGGGGUUCAAGAAACUUUGUGUAAAAUCAGGGAAAACUUUUGGAUCCCUGGAGUCUGUCAAGUCAUAAAGUCCAGAAGACUCUGAGCAAGAUGAAUCCCUGACACCAUCUCACUGGCAUCCAGUUCACACAACAUUUAAGGAAAUCAUCCCUGGUGACCCUACAAGAUGGGACACUCUGCCUCAAGUCCAGCUGCAUGCUCACUAAAGGAGUGUCCUGUGUGCCUGACGGGCUAUGACGAGACUGUGCGACGGCCACGCUCGAUGCCCUGUGGACAUACAAUCUGCUCGACUUGCAUCGAUGGCAUUGUGGAUAAGGGCCAUGCCACCUGCCCCACCUGCCGCAUCAGCAACGCUGUACCCAAAGGGGGACAAUUCCCUGUGAAUUAUAUUGUGGAAGACCUUUUAUGGAGACUGAAGGAUUCAUCAUCAGCAGCAGCAGCAGUAGCUGCAACAGCAGCAGCAACUGACUGCCAAUUGGAACCCCCGUGUCGCAGCGGCAAGAUAAGUUCUCUGCUGCAGCAGCAGGAGGCAAAAGUCUUGACUGCCAUAAGUACCUGCCAGGAUGUCCAGGCACAGCUGGGUAAGUUCCAGACAACCCUGGCAGACUGGUGUCAGCAGCAGCAGCACCUGGAGAACAGCCUACAGACUGUAAUUGAUGAGAGCAGAAGUGCCAGGGUGCUCGUGCAGCAGAAUGAGUUAAAGGUGGCAGCAAAGAACGAGGUGGUCAAGACGGGAGAACAAAAGCUUAAUGCUGCACUAGAGGCCCUGCGGAAGAUCAACUCACCACAGGCAGCUUAUUUAGCCAUUGAUAAUGCUGACAAAUGCACUGAUAAAGAGGAGCAGAGUACAAAGGAGACCCAGGGAAUGCUCCUUGAAGUGGCAGAUGUCACCGCUGAUGCUGCCAAGAAGAUGACUGAGGCACUGCAUGUAGUAUUAGAGGCCACCCAGAGAGUCCAGGCAACCCAUGAAACAGUGGCCAGAGCUGCCCUGAAGCCCAACCCAACCCCAGCCAGAGAGAGAGGUAUUGAAGGGUUGACGGAGCCACCAACUUUGUGUGCCAGGGAUCUUCGCAAGCAGAGAGAGGGCGUCAAGAAGCUGUUGGAGGAUGGCAAGGCGUUCGCCGUCCAAAGUGUCGACAAUGUCAAGAAGUACUCAAGGAUGAGCAUCUCUGGCUACCGAGUGUUCCUGCAUGCCCUACAGGACCUGUCCCUUCCCCUUGGUGCUGCCAUCGUGGAGAUGGACCAAGUUGUGCCAGACUACCCUUCCUGGAAGGUGUUCCUCGACAUCUCCCGGCCAGGCAGCCCAUCGCAGCGUGUUGAAAUCAGUCUGAGUCUCAAAAGCCAUCUGGGUCAACAGUUUAAGUGCCUGUGCACGGGGGAGAAGGGCCAUUCCUUCCUCAACUCCAGGUUGUUCAUGGUGCAGGACAAGGGCCAGCCGGGAGAAACUGUAUGUGGUGGGAAACUCGAAUGUGAUGGGGUGAUGAAAGAUAUACCAAUGUUGGUGACGGUUGAUGAUUCUGGUGUGUACAGUAAGUCAGGCAAGGCAGGAGCAGUGAGGGGGUGGGAGGGGGGUGCUCUCUUUGCCAUCACCACCAGGGAUACGCUAUGUGGUGAGUUUGAAAUGGUUUUCGGUGAGGUGGUGCUUGGACUUGACGCCCUGAUGGCAGCAGCCCAACGAAGUAACAUUACGGAAGUGACUGUGGUGGACUGUGGUGUGGUGCUGUUUGAGUAAUGGCUCAUCAAACAGCGACUACCACCACGGCAACAACAACUUUAUGGAGCAUGACUGAUUGGGUGGUGUCGGAGUGGUGGCCGGCUCCAUUGUAUUGUUAGAGCUGAGGGGAUUUGUAGUACAGAAUUUUCCUCUUCUUCAGCUAGAUUUCCCCUUUUGGUAUGUUGUAUUUAUUAUUAUUAUUAUUUUUAUACAAGUAAGGAAGCAGCUCAAAGGCAACAAAAAAAUGUGUAGAAAAAAAGCCAGCUAAUUACUGCUCCCAUGAAAGAAAAAAUUAAAGAGUGGCCAAAAGAGAGGUCAAUUUUGGGUGGAGAGGUGUCUUGAAACUCUCCUCUUGAAAGAGGUCAAGUCAUAGGCAGGAGGAAAUACAGAUGAAGGAAGGCUGUUCCAGAGUUUACCAGUGAAGCAGAUCAAAGAAUGGAGAAGCUGGUUAACUCUUGCACACAGGGGUUUGGACAGUAUAGGGAUGAGCUAGAGUGGAUAGUUGAGUGCAGCGGGGCCGUGGGAGGGGGGAGGCAUGCAGUUAGCAAGUUCAGAAGAGCAGUCAGCAUGAAAAUAUCAAUAGAAGAUAGAAAGAGAGCCAACAUUGCAGCGGAAUUUAAGAGGUAGAAAACUGCUAGUAAGAGGAGAGUUGAUGAGGUGAAGAGCCUUUGACUCCACUCUGUCUAGUAGGGCUGUAUGUGUGGAGCCCCCACACACAUAGACAGUAUGUCUGCAAAUGUUCUACCUAGACUUUCCAGAUUAACUUGAAAAGUUUUAUACUCAACAGAAAGAUUUAUGAUUCAUUUGGUUCUAUCAAAUUCAUUUUCUUAACAGGGACAUUAUUUGCUUGUUCCAUAAGUCUGGUAGUUGUGUUUUCAUUGCUUUUGUUGGUGUGUUAUUUAGCGGCUUCCAUGAUGCAGUCUUGUGAUAUGUAGCUGUUAAAAUAUUUCACCGAGUGCAUUAGCAUUUUUUGUAAGUUCUUUUUGGGCAUCAGCACGUAUGAUCAUUCUGAGUACGUGCAGAAUGACUCAAAAUAUUUAUCCAUGCCUUGUAUUUCCCUGUGGUGUGUAACUUGCCAGCAUCUGCUGUGCUGUGGUAGCUCUGCUAUUCAUGGGAACAUUAAAGAGCUAUGUUUACUCAUGAGUUGCUUGUUCCCUCUUUCAAGUAUUAUUUGUGCUUGUCAGCCACUUCCUGCCCAAUCACAGUCAGCGUGUGCCCUGGGUCCGUCUGAACCACUUGACCAGGGUCAAGGGAUUCCCUUUCCUUGACCCUGCACCUGACAACCUACUGCGGGCCUCCUACACCAACACGGGUUGUUCACGGUGCAGGACAAGGAGCGGCCAGGAGAGUGUUGCCUUUUGCCUCCAUUUCAGGCUAGUUUUGCCUUUCGUUUUCUGUUGUUGCUCUUUUCUCUUUGAUCACAGUCAGCAUGUGCAUGGUGACUCCUGCACCUUAUAUCAGUUACACAGUAAAUCUCCUCUUAUAAUUUGCUUUGCCAAACCACUUCUUUAUUCUUUUAAAAGCCAUGGUGGAAGAGCAGGGACAGACAUAUUCAUUCCAACUUUGUAAAGCUCUCAAAAUCUGAAUGAUUCAUGUCCAGUUCUUUGAGUUCUUGCAUCCAAUUUAUUUUUGUGAAGUAUUUUCUUGUUCCACCCACCAUGGUCAUCCUAUUCUAGAUACAGUUCACACUCUGUAGCCAUCUGCUCAGUGGUUCCCCUCGUUGCCGCACUCUGUGGUCACUGGGAGCCUCGGGGUGAGGACUGGGAACUGCUGUCUUGGGGGUCAGUCAGUCCCUUGGGGUGUGUCCACAGUUAUUGGUGCAAGUAAUUUUAUGUGGUCUUGUUCUUUGUUUUAUUUUUUUGUUUACUGCAUCUUCAAUCUUCCCCUCUUAUUUCCCUGUUCCUCAGCUGUGAGUUGCCCAACACGCUGCACUGUAAACACUAAGUCCACUCCUGCUUGCUGUCUUGUGGCCAAGUAUUGGCAUUUGUACUGCUUGCACAUCAGGCAUCAUGGAUUUCUCAUGCCAGCCACAUGCUACUUCAGUCAAACAAGCAGCAUGAUCACUCCUCUCCAUCAGAGGAUUCAGAGCGAAGCUGUCAGCUUCAUUUGGCUGCCUGGUUAAGGUGGCUCAUCCUCUCUUGUUUUUGUGGUCCCUUGCCUGACAUACUGAAGCAGGAAAAAGUAUUUCCUCAGCAAGACAGACAUUCCAAACAUUUGGCACACCUUAAUUAUUUCUCAGUUCAGUUUGUCAGCUUUGCAGUCUUUUGGUUUAUCUUAUACUUUAUGUAGCAAAUAUUUGAUACUCUGUGUUGUGUUUUCUAUAAGGUCUGUACUCAUGUUUUAUCCCAUUACCUUGUACAUGGGCUGGGCAACAUGUAUAAUGUUGCCACGAGUAUUAUAUCUGCUGUAUUAAAUUUGGUUGUUAACACUUCAGCUUGUGCUGGUAAAUUUAACUUAAUUAUAGAUGUCUUUGUGUUAAAACAACACCUCCAUCUCCAUUCCUGAAGCUGCUGUCUCCUCCAGAUGCUGACGCUCUACAUUCAAGGUUCCAGUGGUUAUUAGUUUGUGUAGUUGAGUUUCUUGGGGCAGUAAGUUGAGGUUAUUUUUCCUGAAUGAUAUCUUUGAACUCCAUUUAUUUGGCUCUUAUUCCCUAUACAAUUAAAUAUGUUCUAGAUCUUAAUAAUGUGUUUAUUU